GCGCAGGAGAAGCAUAGACACACGACAACAGACAGAGAGCAAGAGACGGAACAUGUCGAAUGUGCCUGCACAUGUGAGCAAGACGGCGUCCAAGCUGAGCGAGGCUGUGAGCGGUGGCGAGGUCGCCGAGGCCGUGGCGGAGAUGAUGGCUGUCAUCGAUGCGGCGCCAAGCGAUGAGGCCGAGGAGAAGGUCCGCAUGGAGUACAUUUCGGGCGAGGUGCCGGUAGUGCUGGGAGGCCAUGCGAGGGCUGGCAAAGAGAGUGCUGACUUUGAUCUCAUUGCUGCCGCUGCUCUCGGUAUUGCAGAGCUGGCAAAGGGCAAGCGCUUCCGCGAGAUCCUCGGCGGACAGGCAGCCGAGGCUGUGGUCGAAGCUCUUGAUGCCGUGCUGGCGACGGCCGAGGCGAGCGAGUCGCGGGUGGACAGCGAGGAGAAAGUGGCCAAGGCGCUGGUGCAGUGCCUGCGGAGCGUGGGGAACAUGGCGUUCUACUGUGAUAAGAACCGCGAGGCGCUCCACGCUGCUGGGCUCGGCCCGGUUGCUGUCCGGCUCCUGACUUGGAUCCUCGACGAUUCCGCGUCGCCGGGCCUCGACUCGCGGCUGGGCAUGGUCACGAUGGGCGGUGUGGGCAACUACAUUGCGUCCGACUCAAACACGUUUGUAGACGAGAUCCUCGCGGCGGGCACGCUUCUGCACGACUUUGUCUUUGCCGGCCUCACCCGGCGCGGUCGUACGGCCUGGUCACCAUGUCGCUGCGGGCGUUCCAGUCGACUUGGUUUGACGCCACGUGGAAGACGAUCUUUGGCGAGUACCAUGUCGUUGACGUUCUUUGUGCGCUCCUUGCUGGCUCGGAAGCCGACGCCUCACUUGUGCUCGAGUCGCUGGCGACGGUGACUGACCAGGCCGAGGUGGCGGUGGCGGUGGCGGCGGCGGAACUGCCGGCGCCUCGGGCCGGCGAAAAGCUGCUCGACGUGGUUAUGAAGGCAGCGAGCUGUGUAGAUGAGGACGAAGAAGACGAGGCUGCAGCGGCGACGCUCAUCCUCUCGCACCUCGCGCUGGUCAACGAGCUGGCCAACGAGCUUGUGGAUCGCGGCGCGGUGGCGCGGUUCUGCGCGCUGGCGUCGGUGGCACCAAGCGCGGGCGGGGCAGCGAUGGCGACGCGCAAGCCGCUCAUGCUACUGAUGGGUAAUUUGGCGCGGAGCGAAGAGCAGUGCGUGGCGCUGAUGAAGGCCGGAUUUUGUGAGGCUGCGGUGUUCAAUCUUCGGCUGGUGGCCGACGACGAUGACGAGCUCCCGCUACAGCACGCGAUUCUUGGCUCGCUGCGUAACCUCGCCAUUGCGCGCCCAGUCCGCGCCGUGCUGCGGACGUCAGGCGUACUCGACGAGCUGCUUCCGAUCCUGGCCUCGCCACACCAGCCGAUGCAGUUUAACGCGGCGGCAAUUGCGCGGCAUUUGGUGAAGCGGCCGGCGGCGGCCGAGCUGGAGACGCCCGAGGGCGCCGAGGACGCGUCGGGCGCAGCCGAGGCUGCACUCUACCUCGCCACCGUGCCUGGAUUUGUGGCGCGAUUGGCCGAACUUGCAGCAGUCGAAGCGGUCAACGUCAAGAUGGAGUCUGCGCGUGCGCUGGCAGCGCUGGCGGCAACGCCCGAGUCGUCUAUGGCGACCGGCGCGGCGCUGCCCUCGCUUGCGCCGUUCACGGUCCUCCUCGAGUCUGAGCAUGCGGUGCUCCAUACCGAGGCUGUCGCGGCGCUCGGCUCGCUCGCUGCAGUCUCCCCUCCGCCGGAAGCAUUCUCGUCUUCGGACGCCCGUGACGGGUGUGUGGCGGCGCUCGACGCGCUCGGCGAGUCCGCGCUCGAUGCUGUCGCUGUGGCGGCGUCGAUUCGGGGAACGGCAUAAAAACAGUUGCGUAUGUGCA